UCAGAGAGAAACAAAACUCAUCGACAAGCCCACUCAGGAUCACUUGUUACCUACAGUAUUUUAUCGGUGACUCAGGACAGACUGACACUGAACGAAGAAAACACAAAAAACUGAGGAAGCAGACUCUGAAACACAGACUGCUGCUGGAGGAAAAACAAGGAAAUCAAAGUGAAAAUUCACUCAGAGACAAAAUGGCUUCCAGAUUAGAGGAGGAUCUCUGCUGUCCGGUCUGUCAGGACGUCUUUAAGGAUCCGGUUCUUCUGUCAUGUAGCCACAGCUUCUGUAAGAAGUGUCUGAAGAAAUGGUGGAGAAAGAAACGAUCAAGAGAGUGUCCAGUUUGUAAGACGAUAUCAUUCACCAGUGAUCCUCCCUGUAAUCUGGUUCUGAAGAAUCUGUGUGAGUCUUUCUCCCAGCAGAGAGAGCAGAGAGCUUCAGAGGAUCUCUGCAGUCUGCACUCUGAGAAACUCAAACUCUUCUGUCUGGACCAUCAGCAGCCAGUGUGUGUCGUCUGCAGAGAUUCAGAAAAACACACCAAUCACAGAUUCAGACCCAUCGAUGAAGCUGCUCAGCAACACAAGAAGAACCUUCAGGAAUCUCUGGUGCCUCUAAAGAAGAAGCUGGAGCUCAGGAAGAAAGUUCAGGAGGAGUUUGAUCAGACAGCAGAACACCUGAAGGUCCAGGUCCGACACACAGAGAGGCAGAUUAUGGAGCAGUUUAAGCAGCUUCGUCAGUUUCUAGCAGAGGAAGAGGAGGCCAGGCUGGUUGCACUGAGGGAGGAAGAGAAGCAGAAGAGAGGGAUGAUGAAGGAGAAGAUGGAGGCUCUGAGCAGAGAGUUAGCAGCUCUUUCAGACACAGUCAGAGCCACAGAGGAGGAGCUGAGAGCUGAAGACGUCUCAUUCCUGCACAACUACAAGGCUGCAGUGGAAAGAGUCCAGCGCUGCCCCCUGCUGGAGGAUCCACAGCUGCCCUCAGGAGCUCUGAUAGACCAGGCCAAACAUCUGGGCAACCUGGGCUUCAACAUCUGGAGCAACAUGGAGAACAUGGUGACCUACACUCCUCUGGUUCUGGACCCAAACACGGCUGGGUCUAUACUCCAUCUGUCUGAAGAUCUGACCAGUUUGACUUAUGGAGAGAAACAGAAGCUUCCUGAUAAUCCAGAGAGAUUUGGAUCAUGGUCUGUUCUGAGUUCUGAUGGUUUUAACUCAGGGAACCACAGCUGGGAUGUUGAUGUUGGAGACAGUGAAGGCUGGAUACUUGGUGUGUUAGAAGAAUCUGUUCAGAGGAAGGGAAGCAUAAAGUCUGGAUUGUUGGUUAUACGGUUCUAUAAAGGUGAAUACUCAGCAUAUUCUCCAUCAGCUCCUUCCAUUCGUCUCUCAGUCCAGAAGAAUCUCCAGAGGAUCAGAGUGAAUCUGGACUGGGACAGAGGAAAGCUGUCCUUCUCUGAUCUGGAUACUAACACACACAUACACACCUUCACACACACCUUCACUGACAAGAUGUUUCCAUUUUUCUUCACUAAUAAAACAUUAAAGAUUCUACCGAUGAAGAUCUCAGUGAUCAAACAGCAGCUCUGAUGAUCUCAGCAUGAAGAACAAAAAGUCCAAAUGAAACAUUAUUGAUCAGAUGAUUGAUUGGUUUUAUAAUUGAUAGUUUGUUGGUUUGGUGAAUUUCUUAAUUUCAUUUUUAAAAUCUGUUUUUAAUCAGGAAACUGGAGAUGAUCUGAUCAUCUGGGGACUUUUUCAUUUCUUUCUGUGUUUUCCACUGUAAUGUUUUAAAUGUUGUUUAUUAUUUACAACUUGAUGUAAAUAAAUUACUAUCAGAUGAUUGAAAGCAUAAUGAGAAGCUUAAUAAAUGUAUUAGUAGCUAAUAAGAGUGUAUUUUGUUUUUCAACAUCAC